UCUUCUCUGGCUGUUGCACUGCGUCAUCCAUGUUUGUUUCGUAAACAUCAUCCACCAGUGUCUAUUCGGCCAGUGAUUAUUUUUUCAUUACUUGAGCACUGUUAUUUCUCGCAUCAGGGUACACGACAUCGUGGCUGAAUAAUCGAUUAAAUAUUUAAUCCCAAAGGCCUUCCAGUCUAGUGGUGGUUUUGUGUAGCGAGAAAAAAAAAUGAGUAAGAAGAAAAAUAUGGCAAUUGACUUCCAGGACAACAUGAUAUUGCUUACACGAAAGUACCUAAAACGUAAAAUAAUGUGUCCUGAAACCAAAUUUAGACAUCAUGCUAAGGAACGGCUAUAUGUAAUGGAAUUAAUAAAAUGUACCGUUGAAAUGGGUGAAAGUAAUUCUGCAUUGUUAAUUGGGCCUAGAGGUAGUGGGAAAACAACGCUUGUUAACAGCGUUCUGAAGGAAUUGUCAGCUUUGAAGAACUUUAAGGACAAUGCAUUGAUAGUGAAUCUUCAUGGAUUAGUUCAUACUGACGACCGACUGGCGCUGAAAGAUACGACUCGUCAGAUGCAAUUGGAAAACGUCGUUGGUGAUAAGGUUUUCGGUACUUUUGCGGAAAAUUUGUGCUUCCUCUUGGAAUGUUUAAAAUCUGGUGAUAAGAAACACUCCAAGCCAGUAAUCUUCAUACUCGAUGAAUUCGAUUUAUUUUGUGAGCAUCACAAUCAGACACUGUUAUAUAAUUUGUUUGAUGUUGCUCAAUCGGCACAGGUUCCAAUAUGCGUGUUAGGAAUAACUUGUAGAUUAGACGUCAUAGAGUUGCUGGAGAAGCGAGUAAAGUCGCGAUUCUCGUAUCGUCAGAUAUACCUAUUGCCCGGCGACAUAUCUGCGGAACAACCCAUGUCCGCAUUCGACGAUCGCCUGGAACUCUUUCAGCAUCUUCUAAGCUUACCUGAUGACGAGAAUGUAAAUAAAAUAGAACAGCAAUAUGACGAUUGCACGAUAGAUCCACAAUUCGGUUCUAUGUGGAAUGAGUACAUUAAGAGUCUGACUACUAACGUUACGAUGGUGAAUCUGCUGAAGAGAAUGUAUCAUAUCGAUGUGAGCGAGAGGCGUUUUAGAAAUUUUCUCGCAGUGGCUGUCUCCACGUUGUCCGAGAAACAUCAGAAAUUAGAAGUGAAUGAUUUUGUGGAGGCGAAUAAGAUCUUCUCGCAGGACGACAAGGUGCUGAUGCUCGAAGGAUUGUCCAUUUUAGAAAUGUGCUUGAUAAUAGCAAUGAAACAGGAGACAGAAAUUUACGAUGACGAGCCGUUGAAUUUCGAGACGAUUUACAAUCGUUACAUCAAAUUCGCAAAUCAGAAUUCCUCCAUACAAUCUGUCCAGAAGCCGGUGAUCAUGAAAGCUUUCGAGCACAUCAAGAACUUGGAGAUUUUAUUACCAGUUGGAAAUUCGAAUAUGAGAGUCGAGAAGGAGUAUCAAUAUUAUAAAUUCACAUUGACAUCGAAGCAAGUUAUGGAGGCUGUGAAAAAUUAUUCGGGUCUUCCUACGGAAGUUUCUCAGUGGGCGUCGAGUAGUAUAUAAUAACGGUGUGCUCGCGAGUUCACAUACACCCAACCUAUUGUGUUCUACAAAGUUAUAUAGUACAUUUUUUUUCUAUCAUAGUAACGUUCUUGUAGAACAAACUUAAACAUUGAGAUGUUUUCUAUUACAUCAAUAGACAAAAAGUACUUAGUUUAGAGUAGUAAGAAAAAAAAAAGAAAAGAAAAAACAAUAUACUUAAGUACAUUUUUUUCUAUAUCAGACGUAAUCAUAUAUUGUGCAUACCCAGUACGUGUAUAUUCAUGUUUUUAAUUAACAAACGCCAUGAAAACGAAAUAUGCCCUCCAAGAACGUGUGAUAUAG